AUGGCUUCCCGAGGAUGUCCGUUUUAUCUCUUAAUGCGGCUUAUUCUGAAUAUGAUGGUAUCAGUGACUAGCUCGGGAAUACAAUCAAUUGCUCGAGUUCGAUUCGAUCCUCCAUACAUUCAUGAUCUCGUGGCUGGUACCAAUAAAACCGUCAAAUUAGCUAUUGAUAUGGAUACGAAUCGUCAGGAAUUUGUGAAAUUACCACCCAAAAAACCAUUUGCAAUUAUUCUGAAAUCAGUUGAUGAAGACAUUGCUACAACAGUGAAAGAACGAGAACAAUUCAAAUUGGGUGAAUAUUCAUCGAAGAGAAACGAUUCCGAAACCUACGAAGUAAAUGUCACACUUACCGGACAUUUCCUGGGUAAAACAGCCGUAAAAGUACGUUUAUUAAGUAUGGAUGAAACUAUGAAUAAUGAUCGAUUUUUGUAUGAAAUAGACAAAAACGAAAAUAUUUUUGAUCAAGGUAAUACGUUGGAUGUUUGGGUUAUUCAGAACAAUGAACGGCUUGAAAAUCGAGUAUUUCUAAUAGCACUGGCUAUUCUGAUCAUCAUCGCUAAUAUGUUGAUGGGAUGUGAGCUUGAUGGACGUGUUAUGUUGGAAGUGAUUAAAGAACCCGUAGCACCGAUGAUCGGUUUUUGCACACAGUUUAUUGCAAUGCCUUUGCUCGCUUGGGGUAUCGCAAAUGCUGUGUUCACUGCCAACGGUUUGCAUUCUUUCGCACUUGGUUUAUUUGUUACUGGUUGUGUACCUGGUGGCGGUGCCAGCAAUUAUUGGACUGUUUUGUUGCAUGGAAACUUACCAGUGUCUCUAACAAUGACGUUUUGUAGCACUGUAGCAGCUUUAGUGAUGAUACCAUUAUGGAUGUGGCUUUUGGGUUUUCAUUUUCUGGCCAGUUUCCAUCCUGAAGUAAUUAUCAAGAUUCCAUACAUCAAAAUCGUCACUUCUUUGGUUAUAUUGAUAGUACCGCUGAUUUUCGGUGUUACAAUUUCACAUUUCAAGCCAACUUUACGAUCUCGGGCUCGAAAGGUUAUGCGUCCAUUUAUUGUAUUCGUCCUCGUUUUUUUAAUUGGUUUUGGAACAGUAGCCAACAUAUAUAUGAUUCGUUUGCUGACGUGGACAGCUGUUAUUGGAAGUUUAUUGCUUCCUUGGUGUGGCUUUGCGAUUGGCUGCUUCACAGCAGUUAUUCUUCGGCAAUCUCCACCCAAUGUCACUUCGAUAGCAAUCGAAACUGGUAUUCAGAAUACAGGUUUAGCUAUCAUGCUGUUAAAGUUGUCAUUUCCUGAUCCGGAUGCCGACAUUAGUGCACUGAUUCCCGUUAUUUGCGCAAGUAUGACACCAGUACCGCUUCUGUUCAUUGCAGCGAUACACUGGUUAUUGAAAAAGAUAGAAAAGAGAGAAAAUGAAAAAAGCAAUGAUUUCCAAGAGGCAACAGUCAAAAUUGAUUCAGUGACUGGCAAUUCCAAGAAUGGUAUUACUGCUCCUAUCAGUAUACAAUUUGCACAAUUUUCACAGGUGCGGUUUAGCGGAGUACAGACUUUGCGAUCGUAUGAAGUACGUGUAUUAGAGGUGCUUGUACGUAUGACGGUUGAAAGUGGUGAAGCAUUAUCGACGAAACUAAUUAGUAUUGAUGAAGUUAAAUCAACUGCUCGAAAGCAAAGAGUUGCUGCUCAUAGCCACGUGAAAGGUUUAGGGCUAGAUCCUGAAACGCAUAUGCCUAACGAUAAUGCAAGUGGCUUUAUUGGACAAUUAGAAGCACGAGAAGCAGCUGGUGUGAUUGUGGAUUUAAUUCGUACAAAGCGCAUGGCUGGACGUGCUAUUCUUCUAGCUGGACCACCAGGGACUGGAAAGACAGCUAUAGCACUAGCAAUGGCGCAAGAAUUGGGUGAUAAGAUGCCGUUUUGUCCAAUGAUUGGUUCUGAAGUUUAUUCAUCAGAGGUGAAGAAAACUGAAGUACUGAUGGAGAAUUUCCGCAGAUCGAUUGGUUUACGUGUUAGGGAGAAGAAAGAAGUAUAUGAAGGUGAAGUUACAGAACUAACACCAGUAGAAAACGAAAAUGCAACUGGUGGCUAUGGCAAAAUAAUAUCACAUGUGUUGAUCGGUUUGAAGACCGUUAAAGGAAGUAAACAGUUAAAACUUGACCCAUCAAUUUAUGACACACUUUUGAAGCAAAAAAUUGAAGUUGGAGAUGUCAUCUAUAUUGAGGCGAAUAGUGGGACUGUGAAGAGGCUUGGUCGAUGUGAUAUAUACGCUACGGAAUUUGAUUUGGAAGCUGACGAAUUUGUGCCACUGCCGAAAGGCGAUGUUCGGAAAUCGAAGGAAGUCGUCCAAGAUGUUACGUUGCACGAUCUGGAUGUUGCAAAUGCUCGUCCACAUGGUACUGCUGGUAACGUAAAGUCACUUGUAGGACAGUUGUUGAAACCAAAAAAAACUGAAAUUACAGAAAGGUUACGACAAGAAGUUAACAAUGUCGUGAACGAUUAUAUUGAACAAGGUAUUGCUGAAUUAAUGCCAGGUGUGUUAUUCAUAGAUGAAGUGCAUAUGCUGGAUAUUGAAUGCUUCACAUAUUUACAUCGAGCGCUUGAGAGCACUAUUAGUCCCAUUGUAAUUUUUGCUACUAAUCGUGGUCAGUGCAAAGUUCGAGGUACAGAAAUGAUAUCACCACACGGUAUCCCGUCGGAUUUAUUAGAUCGCAUCUUGAUAAUCGUUACAAAGCCGUAUAAAAUUGAAGAAAUAUUGUCUAUUGUAAAGAUCCGAGCCGACGCAGAAAGUGUAAAACUGGAUGAGGAUGCCUUAAUAUACUUGAGCAACUUGGGCGCGGAUACAUCUUUGAGAUAUGUUGUGCAAUUACUUACACCUGCAAAAUUACUUGCCCAAGUAAAUAGUCGUGACACUGUUACGAAAGAAGAUGUGCGACAAUGUGCUGAAUUAUUCAUUGAUGCCAAAACAUCAGCACAGUUAGUACGUUCGAAUAUCAUUGGAGAUCCUAUUCGUAUAUCAUCUAAUGCAGAGUUGGAUCCCGUUACGACUGUUCAUCCGUUGAACUCUCAAGCUGCAAGUGAUGGCGAUGCUCCAAUGGAAACAGAUGGGACAUAA